GAUGUGAGACAGCUGUACCGUAAUCUCACAAUGUCUAUUCAAUGUGAACUUGUUAUUCUGAUACUCGUGCUGACUCUCAAUGGCCAAGUUCAUACAGGGGAAAUCAUUGGAGGUCAUGAGACUACAUCACACAGCCGCCCAUACAUGGUGCUUUUGGAGAAGCACUUAGAGGAUAAUAAAACAGCACACUGUGGUGGCUUUCUUCUGAAUGAGGAUUUUGUGAUGACUGCAGCCCACUGCAAGGCCAAGUCCUACAACGUCAUAUUGGGAGCUCACAAUGUCCACAAUGAGGAUAAAAAGGUAGAACAGCGUAAAUCUGUGGAAAUAUCCAUCCCACAUGAAGAGUAUAAUGCAAGUGAUUACCAUUACAAAAACGACAUAAUGCUUCUUAAGUUGAGCUCCAAGGCAAAUUACAGCGAAUAUGUGAAACCCAUCACUCUCGCAGACCAAGCUGAUGGCUCUCUGCCAAAAAUAUGUCACGUCUCCGGCUGGGGAAGAACAGACAAGAACUCAAUUUACAUGUCUCCUAAACUCAUGGAAGUCAAGGUGACACUUGUUGAGCAGUGUGAAGGGGAGCACUUAUACUGCAAUCAGGGAGACAAAGGGCCGGCUCAGGGAGAUUCUGGUGGUCCACUGGUCUGUGAAGAUGGAAAGGCGUACGGCGUGGUGUCCGCAAGCUAUCCAAACGCUGAUGGCCAGGAAACAUACACUUAUUCUAAGAUUCCUUACUACAGAAACUGGAUCGAUUCGAAAAUGAAGGAGCAUGGAACACACUUACACAUGUAACAAUUGAUAUAAUGACAACAUUUUAAUUUACUGCUUCUAGUAUAUUGGACAGCUAAUGUGACAUGCUAAUAUUACAUUUGAUUCCAUAGCAAUGAGACUAUCAGACCAAAGUCUAGACUGACAUGAUAUGUUGUUUAGUGAUUUGGUUCAUUUAGGUGACAUGUUUUGGCUUAUCACAGUAUUUGGUUUUUCUGUUAGAGGGGGCUACUUGACAACUAUAGUCCAGUUUUUGUGAAUAAACUUUACGUUUUUUUUACCAAAUCAAAACCAAACAGGUAGUUUUUUUUAUCAAGACUAGACUUUAACAAACUCAUCAUAGCACAAAUUUGGACUCAACGCUGCUUAACAGAUGCCUGUUGAUUUAUAUAAGAUGCUGUGUCAUCCUGCUCUAAAAACACCAUUAUAUACAUUUAAUAUUUUUUGCUGUGAUUUAAAAAAAGAGAACACAGGAUCAUCCAAGUUUGUUUUGUACCAUCUUUUUAAACAAUAAACUGAUGCUCUCUA